UUGGUAGACCUUAAGGCUGAACUCUUCCAAAAACAAGAAGAAUUCAAACAAGAAAAACUUCUAAAGGAUUCUGGAGUUUUGGGAAAACCGAAAACAACUAAUAAGAAACCAAGUAUCUGGAGCAAACAGAAUGUAGGAGUUUCAAACAGAGCUGAGAAGGAUGUAGAACAGAAGACUGAGGAACAGAAGACUUUAGACAAAUCAAGGGAGAAAUUGGAAGAAAAAGCCAAAUUAUAUGAGAAAAUGACUAAAGCAGACUUUAUAGAUGAAGAAGUGGAGGAUAUGUACCUUGUGGAUUUCACACAGAAGAUCAUAGACAAACACAAAGAAAUGGAGGUGUUUGGUGCCAACAGAGAUUGUAGAAUGGCAGGAGAAAGAGACAAUGAUGAAGAAAAUCUUUCUGAGAAAGAUAUACCUCCUCCCCAGGACCCCAGUGAAGAAUGGGUGGAUUACGUGGAUUCUUUAGGGCGAUAUCGCCGCUGUAUGAAAAAGGAUUUGCCGCAUUUGUUGGAGAUGGAUAAAAAUCUUCAAGGGAGGCUUCAAGGUCCAAAAUGCAGACACAGGGAUAUUUUAUGGACAACAGAUCAGAGAACAAAACUAGAGAACAUAAAGGAGAAGCAAAAGUCUGUGUUAGAAGCAAGACUUGCUAAACUCUGACAAAAAAAGAUGAAGAAGUCAAAAGAAGAUGGAGCAGAGGAAGAAAACAAAGGUAUAUCAUGGCUCAUUGUGUCUGAACUUCGGAAGGAAAAACUUUAGUUCCGUUGAUGUCUCAACGAAUAGGACUGACAGUAUGGAAAUGAGCCACUUAGUUUUACUCUCUAAGCAAGCAAGGUGCCUUUGGGGUACUGCCAGGAGCAGGUUUUUAUAACCAAGUGGUACAUACAGAAUGACACUCCGAAGAAUCUUUUUAUAGACAAGAAUGUUAACAAACAGGACAUUGUGUUACUUCAUAGAAGGGCCUGGCUCAGUAACCAAGACUGAGCUGAGAGCAGAGACGUUUUAAGAUAUGAAGUUUAGUUUUACACACACAUUUUAGACUUGGUUUCUUUUGCUAUAGUUAUAAGUUUUUUGGUUAUUGUGCAUUAACUUGUUUCGAAGAAGAAAUGAAUUCACAGAGUCAGGUAAGGAAAGAAUUUAUGAGUAUAGACAGCUUCUGAAAGGACUGUCACAACACACGGCAACCACAUGGCAUGUCAUGUCCCUGCUGGCUUGCUGCUAGCUGCAUGACCCCCUCAUCUGGGCUACGCUGCCGUGACCGGGCCUCCCGCGUGGCCUGGCUCAAACCAGGUGGAAGUCUGUUUUCUGUUUUAAUGCCUUAGAGGUGGGUGGGUGUUGAGGCAGGUAGUAGUUCAGCCCCGAUGGUCACCCAGUCCCAGCUCCCUCCUGUUUUCCUGUUGCUGCCAUUCCUAGAGUGAUGCUCGACCUGCAGGGCGGAAGCUUGCUCCCUACCGCCUGUUCAUGGUCCAGCCGUAGGGAAGGGGGGAAAGCGGGGCGAGGGACCGGCUGCUCCUUUAUGAGUGUGAGUUGGAAGGCACACACAGCCGUGCAUUCACAGCAUGGCCUGUCUAGUGAGGUGGCCACCUCCCCAACUGAAACCGGGGGCGCUAGAGUCUCAAAAGGAAGCAGGGGGUGUGGCUGUCAGGAGCCUGUUAUACGAGCCUCUCCAGCUCUCAGAGAAGCCUCGUGCUAAGCCACCGGCCAUUUCUGAUUCUGAACAAAGCUUCAGUUUAGCUCUGAGAG